AUGGCUGCCUCAGUCUACGCGACACCCCCGCCGGACCUGAGCGCCGGCGAGGAAGCGGCCCUGAGCGACGCUUCCAACUCCUCGCAAACCAACAGCUCACACGGCUCGGCGCUGAAGGCCUCGAAGCGCACCCUGUCCUCGUCGUUCCUGAGCGCGGCGACCACACCGGGCAGCGGCACCACCACCCUCCUCGGGGUGACGAGCUCCUCGGACUCGCUGCCGGAUCUGUCGAAGAAACGGCGCAAGCAGUCGAUGCCGAGCCGCUUCGCGUCCAACGGCGCCGCCAUCGAGCCGCCCGGGACGGGCGACGAGAACGGCGGCCAAGCCGUCGAGGACGAGCACCGGCAAACGCCCAGCCCCAGAAUGGACACAGCGGAGGAGGACGGGCACGGGGACGAGAGCGGGAUGCUGUCGGACGAGCAGCAGAGCAACUUCCAGAAAAUAUUCCUCUCGAACCUUAGUCAAUUACAGCAGCAGCACCUCCAGCUCCAGCAGUCGGCCGAGGCCGGCCUGGGCAGCCCCGGCGGGGCCCCUCCUUCUCUGCCCGACACCUUCCUCGCGUCGAAGCUGAACAGUCUGAUCUCGCUGAGUGCGGCCGCGCGGGCAACCGAAGGGCGCCGCCGGAGCAUCGACGACGGCGAGGACGAUGAAGGCGAGCAGCUGCAUCACCGUGACGGCAGUUCACCCGACCGGGAACCGUUCAAUGGGCGCCGGGAGAGCGAAGAAGGAGGUCGGAGGUCGGUCAGCGAGGCCGAUCCAGGCGUCGUCAACCACGCCGCAACACCUCGGCUGUCGCUGAAAAAGGAGCUCCUGUUCGACCCGGACUGGGACGGCGAGAUCCUGCGGGGUGGCAACAGUCUGCCAAAGCCGGAGGACUGGAUCUCGAUCGCGGGCCUCUCGUUCCCGUUCCCACCGGAAGCGGCGGCCGCUCUGUCGGCGUCCGGUUACCUUCCGCAGCUACCGCUGCUCGGCGUCCCGACCGUCUCACCGUUCGGGGGCUCCGGAGCGGACGGUGGUGGUGGCGGGCGGCCGGGAGGCAACGUGCCACCGCUGCGCAUCUUCAACCCGGAGGCGUACUGCGAUCUGUGCAACAAGGAGUUCUGCAACAAGUACUUCCUCAAGACGCACAAGGCCAACAAGCACGGCAUCUACGAGCCAUCGGCCAGUAGCGGGGGCGGCGGCGGCGGUAGCGCCGGCACCGAUGGCGGCCCAUCCUUCGCCUCCAUGGCCAACCCGUUCAGCUCGAUCCACCAGAUGUUCCAGAUGCACUCCGCUGGAGCACCCUCCGUGGAGCAGUUGGAGAAACUCGGUGCGCCCGACACGGCCCAGAUUGCUCCACCCCCACCACAACCUGCCCCGGCGGUGAAAUCGACCGCUCAGCAGCAGCCACCGCCACCGCCACUCCGGGCGGCGCAAUCCCCGAAGGCGGUCGCCCCCAGCGUCACCGCCCCCAACCCGAUCCAACCGACGGUAUUCUGUGACAUUUGCUUCAAGAAGUUCAGCAGCCUGAGCGCGAUGCGGAAGCACCGCAGCAAGGCGCACGAGCUCCCGGAUGGCUUCCGGGAGGAUUACCUGGUGGAACAGGAGGACGCCUCGUUCACGCCGCAGCCCCGCAAACUAUCCCCACACUCGAUGCAGGCGGCUCGGGACGCAAACUUCGCCGCCGACAAGCUGCGGCGGCUCGGCGUGACCAAUCCGGAGGCGUUCUGUGAGAUCUGCUGCAAGGAGUACUGCAACAAGUACUUCCUCCGGACGCACAAGCUCAAGCGCCACGGCGUCCUGCCGGCGCCGGACGAACUGAAGGAGGAACGCGGUCCCCCUGCACCAUGGUUGGCCCCGUUCCUGCAGACGAGCCCACUGAACCUGAUCAUGGGCGGUGGCGGCUCGGUGGCGUCGGACAUGGUGAGCGCCCAGCUGGCACUCCAGCCGUCGGCGCUCAAGAAGUUCAUGGCGGCGGUGGCCGAACGGGAUGGCGACGAGGGCGCACCGAAGGGAGCGCUAGAGAUCAAGCAGGAACUACAGGCACUGUCGGCCAAGGACGAAGCCGGCGAGGAGAAGCUCCCGGGUGGAGGGAAGCCAGCGGUGGACAAUGGGAGCGACGAGGACGCGGAAGCGAUCAGUGUCGACCUGCAGAAGCUUCAGUCGAUGAUCAUGCAGCUGAACGACCUGAACCACCAGCACCAGCAGCAGCAGCAGCACCUGGGCCGGAAGCACCUGGCCGGUUGCGGGGUCUGCGGCAAGGAGCUGGCCAACCCGUACCUGCUGCACGCGCACAUGAUCCAGGAGCACGGUCCACUCGGAGAGAACAACAACAACAACAACCAGGGUCUGGGGAAGGUCGGAUCGCGUGAACCAACCCCGCUCACCGCGGGCCCUCUCACGCCGUCCGCCGGUGUCGUCGGGGAACUGGCCGAGGUCCACGGACCGCCGACGGUGCCUCCGAAGCGCGAGGGCUUCGUGACUCCGGAACGCCCCACAACCGGUGGUCAGGUGGGGCCACCACCGGCUUCGGGGUACGCGGAGCGGAAGCCGCCCUUCUCGCUGACUCCAACCAGCAGCUACUGCGAGAUCUGCAACAAAGAGCUGUGCAACAAGUACUUCAUGAAGACGCACAUGCAACGGAUGCACGGCAUCGAGAUCGAGAACGGGGCGCAGAUCGGGGGCGUGGUGUGCAACAUCUGCAACAAGGAGCUCUGCAGCAAGUACUUCCUGCGCGUCCACAAACACAACACGCACGGCAUCGUCGAGGAGGGCUCACCGUUGCCGCAGGCGCGCCAGAACGGCGCCGCAGGAACUGCCAGUGAACCCGGUCGACCCCGGAACCGGCACCUAUCCGCCCUACUGAAACCGGGCGAGAUCAGUGACCUCAGCAACCGGUACUACUCGCACUUCACCGAGGUCUGCCCGCUCUGUAGCCGCCGGUUCCGCAGCGCCAAGUGGCUGCGGGCUCACCUGCUCAGCGACCACGGUAAGGUCGGGGUGGACAAGCUGAAGGAGCUCGAGGCGAAGCUCGCCAACGGCGGCCCAGCCGCCGGCGGCAAUGGUGUGGCGCCCACCGGCAGCGGGGGCGGCCGAAGCAAGUCGAGCAGCCCCGCUCCGCUGAAGGUACCGAAUGGGUUGGGUGAGCCGCCCAAGUAUGGACAAGGCAAGGCGCCGUUCGGAGCCCUCAGUCCAGCCGAAGCGGCCAAGUUCCUGCCGAAGGCUGCGGCGGCGGCUGCAGCGGCCGCCGCAGCCGCCGGCGGCAUCCCGGCCCUUUUCGGGUCGGAACAAGGCACCUCGCCGAUGGGCGGCCUGAAGGGCUACCAGUGCUCGUACUGCUCCUUCGCUACGCCGCUGCUUCCGCUGCUCUUCAUCCACGAGCGUUCCCACUCGAGCCUGACCAUCGUCCAGCAGCAGCUCCUUCACCAGCACCAACACCACCAGCAGCAACAGCAGCAACAGCAGCAGCAGGAGGAAGCAGGAGGUGCCUUUCCGUCGCUGCUCAAAUCGGAAUCGGCCGUGUCGCUGGCGAAGGAGAGCUCGCCCCACCAGGCGCUGCCCGGAACCACCUCGGCCUCGUCGUCGUCGUCCGUUGGUUCGUCCUCCGAGACGCCUUCCUCAACACCGGCUUCCACGCCCGUGCCGUCGCUCUCCCAGGAGGCACUCAACCUUCAGCAGCAGCAGCACCAGCAGCCACCACCACCUCCUCCCCACCGCACGGGCAGUCCCGUGGACGGAUCGCCGAGGACGACCGCGGGGGGCGCCGGAGGCGAACCGAACGCCCUGCUCACGGAGAUGGCCAACAUCACGCAGCGGCCCGCCGUCUACGCGCUGCCCCAGCAGAGCGGCCCGCUCAUGAUGCAGUCCUUCCUCAUCGAGGAGUCGCUGAGUGGCGGUGGCGGCCGGGGCUCCCCCGGCGACCCGUCAGUGGGUGGCGCAACCUCGGCUGCCGCCGCUGAUGCCGCCGCUGGUGACGGGCCCGACCCGACGGAUCACAGGUUCGUACCCGCCGUUGUUUUCUUGCCCGUCAAGGAGCGCAUCCUCGCGCCGAUGACGAUAUCCUUCAACCUGAGCCCCGCCUAA